AAUUGCAGAAAUGGCGGUGCCCUGAUUAUUACGAGAACAACGUCCACAAGAUGCAGCUCCCAUUUUCCAGCAAGCUCCUUGGCAGCACCCUGACCUCGGAGGAGAAACAGGAAAGGCGGCAGCAGCAACUGCGGCGGCUACAGGAGCUCAAUGCCCGGCGACGGGAGGAGAAACUGCAGCUGGAUCAGGAGCGGCUGGACAGACUGCUCUAUGUGCAGGAACUUCUCGAGGAUGGCCAGAUGGAUCAGUUUCACAAAGCGCUGAUAGAACUGAACAUGGACUCCCCAGAAGAGCUUCAGUCCUACAUACAGAAGCUCAGUUUGGCAGUGGAGCAAGCUAAGCAGAAAAUCCUUCAAGCAGAAGUCAACCUGGAGGUGGAUGUGGUAGACAGCAAGCCAGAGGUAACUGCGAGGGCCCUGGGAGGGAGCAGCCCUUCCUGA